AUGGUUUUCAUUCUCGGCGUCAACUUCCCCGAGCGGAAUCUCGUCAAGAAGUCGCUCCAAUCCUUCUUCGGUAUCGGAAACCAGACCUCGUCACAGCUCCUUGCCCGGUUCCACAUCCACCCGACAUGCAAGGUCAGCGAGCUGGCCAACAAGCAGGUCCUGGAUCUCACGGCUGCUCUGUCCGAUAUGAAAAUCGAGAACGACCUGCGACGAAACGUCCUCGAUAACAUCAAGCGGUUGAAGGAGAGCGGUACCUAUCGUGGUAGACGUCACGCGCUGGGAUUGCCGGUUCGCGGACAAAGGACAAGAACUCAGAUCAAGACGGCGGUCAAGCUGAACCGCAUGGAGAGAAGAAUGUAG